AUGUUAACAAACAUUACUAAUGUCUUACGUUCUUCAGGACGUUUAACUUCAAAAAUUGGUUUAACUUCAAAAACUGGUUUAACUUCAAAAAUUGGUUCAAAUUUUGUGCGUCCAUCAUUAAUCAGAACUUAUGCUGCAUUUGAUAGGUCAAAACCUCAUAUUAAUAUUGGUACAAUUGGUCAUGUUGAUCAUGGUAAGACUACUUUAACUGCUGCUAUUACUAAAGUUUCAGCUGAUAGAGGUUAUGCUAAUUUCUUAGAUUAUGGUUCAAUUGAUAGAGCUCCAGAAGAAAGAGCAAGAGGUAUUACUAUUUCAACAGCUCAUGUUGAAUAUGAAACAGAUAAGAGACACUAUGCUCACAUUGAUUGCCCCGGACACUCGGAUUAUAUCAAGAAUAUGAUCACUGGUGCUGCUCAAAUGGAUGGUGCAAUUAUUGUUGUUGCUGCUACUGAUGGUCAAAUGCCUCAAACUAGAGAACAUUUAUUAUUAGCUAGACAAGUUGGAGUUCAAGAUCUUGUUGUUUUCGUUAAUAAAGUUGAUACUAUUGAUGAUCCAGAAAUGUUGGAAUUAGUUGAAAUGGAAAUGAGAGAAUUGUUAACUACUUAUGGUUUUGAUGGUGAUAAUACUCCAGUUAUUAUGGGUUCAGCUUUAUGCGCGUUAGAAGGUAAACAAGAUGAUAUUGGUAAAGAAGCUAUCUUAAAAUUAUUAGAUGCUGUUGAUGAACAUAUUCCAACUCCAGUUAGAGAUUUAGAACAACCAUUUUUAAUGCCUGUUGAAGAUGUUUUUUCAAUUUCAGGUAGAGGUACUGUUGUCACUGGUAGAGUUGAAAGAGGUAUAUUGAAGAAAGGUGAAGAAAUUCAAAUUGUUGGUGAUUUUGAAAAACCAUUUAAAACUACUGUUACUGGUAUUGAAAUGUUUAAAAAAGAAUUAGAUGCUGCUUUAGCUGGUGAUAAUUGUGGUGUUUUAUUAAGAGGUGUUAAAAGAACUGAUGUUUCAAGAGGUAUGGUUUUAGCUAAACCAGGUACUACUUCUUCUCAUAAAAAAUUUUUAGCUUCAUUAUAUAUUUUAAGUGCUGAAGAAGGUGGUAGAUCAACACCAUUUGGUGAAGGUUAUAAACCACAAUGUUUCUUUAGAACAAAUGAUGUUACAACUUCAUUCAAGUUCCCAGAAAAUGAAGGUGUUGAUCAUUCACAAAUGGUUAUGCCAGGUGAUAAUGUAGAAAUGGUUGGUGAAUUAAUUAAAGCUGCUCCAUUAGAAUUAAAUCAAAGAUUCAACAUUAGAGAAGGUGGUAAAACCGUUGGUACUGGUUUAAUUACCAGAAUCAUUGAAUAA